AAAUACAGCGAGUGAGAACUGUUAAAUCAGCAAAGACUAAUCAGAUGAUUUGUAACCUCUGAUUUUAGAGUGUGCUUAAUCACUGAAAAUAUCAUGUGUCACCCUAUUUUCAGAAAAUGGUUUAACCCUGCUUUAUCAGCAAAAUGUUAAGCAACAAUAUACAUUGUAUUCAGUGUGUAUUUAAUAAGUCAUGUGCGCUUAACUAUGCAACAUAAUUGAGCUUUAUACAAGCUUUAAGUAAAGAACAUGGGAAAUAUAUUAACAACAAAUCUGUGUGUGUUUUCAUAAAUACUCAUUUUGUUUGCAUGAAUGGGAUCAUAAUACUAGCAAAAACAACGCACUUCAAACUCAAGGACAGUUCACAAUUUCUACUGCAACAUGGCGACAACUGUAGAUUCAGGUCAUAGUGGUUCAGAUUUAGUGAAGGACUAUGUUUGUGGAGGUUGCGAAAGUAGAAAAAUUUAUGAAAGUGCUGAUUAUUUUUGUGCAACGUGUACAAAGUUUUUCUGCAGAAAAUGUAUUGAUCCUCAUGAUCAAAUAUAUGCAAACCAUUCCAAAUAUGGAAGAGGAGAAACAUAUAAAUGGCCUCUUACAAAGACAAUGGAGGAUUUGCUACUGAAAUGUAAUGUUCACAAGGACAAGAAACUGAAAAUGUUUUGUCAAGACCACAGUCAGCUGUGUUGCACUGAUUGUGAUUUUCUGUGCCACAGACAUUGCACAAAUGUGGCUCUUAUUUCUGAGUCAGCCAAAAACCUGUCAAUGGAUAUGCAACAGUUAUCAAACAAACUGCAAACUAUUGUUGAUGAAUUAAAUAAGUUUAAGAUAACACAAGAGGCCAGCAUGCAGUCCGUGGAGGUAUCAUGUAAUGAAAAACUGCUAGAAAUCCAAGACCUGCGAAAGAAAUUAAAUGCUGCUUUGGAUGCAGUAGAAAAUACAACAUUAAAAGAAUUGGAUGAAAUUCGGACCACAAUGCUAACCUCUCUCAAGAAAGAUAUUGACAAUGGCAACAGACUGAAGGAAGACUUACAAACACUCAGAGAAGCUGUAAAUGGCCUUUGUGAUAAAAGUAAAAAAGAACUUGAGUUCAUAGCCAGCAGAAAAUGUUUGGACAAAAUACAAGAGUCAGAGUCAUAUCUGAAGGAGACCCAUGUAAAUGUGCAGAGUUCAAUAAUAUUCAGAGCAAACACUGACAUUGGGCAGUACUUGUCUAAACAGUCAAGUCUAGGAAGGAUUUUAGACAGUAUGCAGUCUCUCAAACUCAAAAUGAAUCCAGAUCAGGUGUUAACUCUGAUGAGGACAUCAAAGUAUACUGUGAGCAUACCAAGUGACAAAAGUCAAACAUACUUCAUCAGUGGCAUUUGCAGCAUGCCUAGUGGCCAGGUCAUUGUUGCAGAUUACUAUAAUCGAAAAGUGAAGCUUUUGGACCAGCAUUAUAAUGUGUCCAGUCACUGUGAUGUGACUGGUAAACCAUGGGAAAUUUGCCCUAUCACAUCCAGUGAGGUUGCUGUAGUUUUUAAAAAAGAUGUGCAGUUUAUCUCUGUGAGCAAUGGGAAGUUGGUCAUUGGGAGGCAGUUUUCAUUAAAACAUGGUGUCAAAGGUAUUUCCUAUCAUCAGGGAGCAUUGUAUAUCACCUCUGGCACUACAUUGUUCCAAUACAGUCUUACUGGAUCACAAAUAAAAAAGCUGUAUGAGGAUGUAAGCAACAAUUUGACAGUGUACACAUGUGCACUGAGUUCUACUGGAGACAAAAUCUAUGUCACCAAUCACGCUCAGCACAAGCUCUUCACUCUGGCUACAGAUGGGACCCUGAUAUCCACCUUCAUGGACCCUGAACUACAAUGCCCUAGGGGUGUUCAUGUUACACCUGCAGGACAAGUGCUAGUCUGCGGAUACAACUCUAAUACUACCAUACAAGUGGAUUGUGAGGGAAGAAAGAAAUUGGCAACUCUGGCUUCUCAGAAUGAUGGACUCAGCCAACCAGCGUCUGUCUGCUACAACACCAACACUCACCAGAUCAUUGUGGGACAAAGUAACAGUAAAAUCAUUGUUAUGGACUUGCAAUAGCUCAUUAUGUGGAAAAAAACAUUGAUGUAAAAAGGUUCAUAAAUGUAUUUCACAUUUUCUCUUUGAAUGGCUAAUUUAGUAAAAGCAGUUUGUAUCUAGAUAAGGACAAAACUUAUUCAUUGUUUUAAUAUUAUCUUUUAAUAUUUACAAGUAAUUAAACUUUGAUUCAAGACUAAACGUUUAAAUGAUCUAAAGAUUGCACAAUUUCAAACAUGAAUGUAUGACAACAAUCUAUAAUGUUUAAGUGGAUUAGCUCUGCAGUCUUGCUUCAUGCCAUAUUAAAAUAUACAGUGAUAAAUGUGUUUUAUGUUAAGUUAUUGUUAAGAUUUACUAACAUUUGAUUAUUGAUUCAUUCGAGUGUUUUUCAUUAUACGUUAGUAAUUAUAAAGGGCUUAUUAUGUAA